AUGUCAAGAGCGUCCAAGAUCUUCCUCGCUUCAUCCUUCUUGGUCUCAGGGGUAACAGUAUGGGGUGUACAUUUUAUCCAAAAACGAGAGUCGGAAACAAUGUAUCAAGGUGUGAUCAAGGAUGAAGCUAGAAUAGCAGCCAAAGCAGCUGCUUCGUUACUCAAAGCAGUCACACCAGAAGCUUUAUUACCUGAAUCAGUCUCUGCUGCUGCUGACUCGUCUCCAUCCUCAUCCCCGUCGUCAUCAUCAUCGUCAUCAUCAAGAUCGCCAUCGACGGCACAUUCGUCUGGAACUCCACUGAAUACACCUUCAUCACCUGUUCAACAGCCUGCAGCCAAUAUAGAUCCAGAUUGUCAGACAUGUGUGAUAUCCCCUCCUCCACAAUUACUGGAAUCUCAAUCGGCAGAACAAAGGGCCAAGGAAAGACGAUUGAGAAUGAAAGAGUAUGAAGAUCAAAAGAAGUUGGGGAAAACGUUGACAGUAGAGCAGGGUGUCAGUGAGCCUCCUACCGGGAUCAGGUUGGUUUAG